AUGCCGCAGUAUGAUUUCGUUGCUGAUUUCAUAUAUUGGACGAUGACAAGAAAUGGGUGCGCAGAAAUCCAGAUAUCUGACCAAGGCCGUGAAUUUGUUAACCAAGUUAGUGAAGAGCUGCAUCAAAGAACAGGUACUGUAUGCGGUAGCUAGUAACCUAGUACACCAGGAGGUAUAGGACACUAUUAUUUUCAUGGGUUGUAAUAUCGACGUCUAUAUAUCUAACUAAUAUUACAGGGACAGAGCAUCGAAUAACAUCUGCGUACCAUCCUCAAAGUAAUGGCCUGGAUGAACGUUUUAAUCAGACCAUCCAACGAGCACUACGUAAGGCGGUCAACGAAAAACAAGACAACUGGGACGAGGCCAUUGACGAUAUCUUGUUCGCCUAUCGCACCUCGGUCCAAGCAACAACGAAGCAUACACCAUUCUACUUGAUGUUUGGACGCGAAGCACGUCUUCCAAUACAGAUGGAAAUUGUACCAGAAGGCAAGGAACGGACGUUGGAAGAAAGAUUAGAAGAACUUGCAGACCUUCGCAAGUCAUACGGUAAAGUGGCAGAUAACAUUAAAGAAAGCCAAGACAAACAGAAGAAGCUAUACGACGCAAAGCAUGGCGCAUCUAAGCAGGUAAAACACUAGAGAUAAAUUUGAGGUAACUGGGUAAUUUGUCCCUGCAUGCAUAUACCGUAGAAUAAGCAAUUUUUUAUUAUAAUUUAUAAUGUUCAUAAUUUUUUUUUACAUUUGUAGGAAUUUAAACAAGGAUCACUUGUGCUGCUGAGAAACAGUAGAAACGAUUCGCGUAAAGGAGGGAAAUUGGAUGCCAAGUGGCUAGGACCCUAUGAAGUUGUCGAUUGUUUAGGAAAAAAUGUUUUCAAAAUUAAGGUUUGUCCAUGCAUGCAUGCGAUUUCCAUACAUGGAUUAGAAUUGAUGUUGAAAUUAUAGAAUGUUUUUUCCUUAUUAGAACUGUUCAACAGGCAUUGAGAACAAGAAGAAAGUUAACGCAGCAGUGCUCAAGCCAUAUGUACCAAGCACCCAGCAGAUCCAACCGCAGAAGGAUUUUGCCAGACCAGAGUUUAAAGCGGGUGAAGUGCAGACAAAGCAGACUCAACCUCAGAAAGUUCCUUGCAGACAACCAUUUGAAGGUAGCUAAUGACUAAAUAAUGUAUAAUUAUAAGUAGUAACACAUGGAAUUAGGAGUAUUAUAGCUAUAUAAUAUCAUUAUAUUAUUGAAAUUUGGCUUCUUUUAGUCUUGGUGGGACACUAUUGUACGAGAUUAUUUUUGCUGCAAUUUUGCGAUAACAUUUCGGAAAAUAAAAUAUGUUAUUGUUAAAGUCAAAGUUAAGUGUUUCAUUUUCAGUUCAGCCUUUCGUUACAUGGGUCCGAUACCAUUAAUGUCAUAUGUAUCUUGAAGUUGAACUUACUAGUAUUUUUUCUCCUUCAUAAAAUUAAAGAAACGUCUGGCGAAUAUUGGAUCAAAGAACUCAGUUUAAAGAACGAAGAGAAGACGAUACUAAAAUCUCCAAGAAUGCUGAAUGAUCGUCAUAUGAACGCUGCGCGAAAACUAUUGAAGAAGAAGUUUCCACAUAUCAGUGGCUUACAGGACACCAUCUUAUCCCAAACCUCGUUCGUGACUACACAGGAUGAAGGAAUACAAAUCCAUAACACUGGAGCAUACCAUUGGAUUACAUCGUCAUCAAAGGUAUAUAUAUAUAUAUUUAUAAUAUAGCAUUUGUAAGUUCUGAACGCUGAUUGGCUAAGAACCGUGUUGAUACAACUCAAUGUCAACACGGAAAAAUGUCUUUCUUUAUAUUUUUUUUUGUGCUAUAUUAUAAAAAAAUAUAAAACAUUUUCCGUAUUGAUAUACAGUUAUAUCAACACUCGUGGAAAUUGGGAAAACUCGAACACAAUUUCGAGUUUUCCCAAUUCCCACUCGUGUUGAUAUAACUAUAUAUCAACACGGAAAAUAUUUUAUAUUUGUUAAAUAUUAAUAUAAUAUAGUUCUAGGCAUGCAUGUUCAAUGGCUCUAUACGUGUAUAUUAAUAUAUACACCGUCAAACCCGCAGGCAUAUAGGCGCUGAAUAUAGUGGCUUUUCGAUUGGAUAAAUUUAACCUAAAUUUGUAUGUUGUUGACAUUGACAGGCGGUUAUGUUAAAGUUUGCGAUAGCCUCUACGAUGACCUGGCAGGGUCAACCAAAGUUCAACUAGCACAAUGUUACCAAACUUUAAUUGACGAGUUCGGACGUUUGGAAGUGGAUAUCCCACCUGUUCAAACCCAGACAGGAUCAGUCGACUGUGGUUUGUUUGCUAUCGCCUUCGCGUACGAAUUAGCAGUUGGAAACUUCCCAGUACACGAGGUACGCUUUGACCAAAAGAAAAUGAGGAGCCAUCUUCUCGCCUGUUUUGAGAAGCGAGAAUUGACCCACUUCCCCCAAGUACGUCGACAGCCAGCAACACAGCCAAGACAACACAACAGCGUCACAAUCGCGACAUUAUGUGAAUGUAAAUUGCCAGAAGAAUACGACAACAUGAUUUCAUGCGAUCUCUGCGGGAAAUGGUUCCACUUUGGAUGCGUGGAAUAUGACAUUAGUAUAAGUACUUCAAAUGAGUGGUUAUGCCGACUAUGCACACCACCAGCUGCUAAGAAGCCUAAACUGUGUAUGUAA